CUUUUAAAACCAAGCCCCGUUUGCACUCAGUACUUUGAGCUGGAGGUGGUUGGUCCAGGUGGACCUCCCGAUGGUCACGGUGAUGAAGACGAUGAGCACCACCACUGAUUCCGGCUUCUCCCUUGCUGCGAGUUUUGCUUUUUUUUUUAAUUAUUUUUUACUGGAAUAAAAAACAUAUGCUGCUGGUGAGACAGUUAAAAAUGUUUUUGAUCCUUUUGGAACAACACUUCGGUAUCGGAAGUUGUCAAAAUGCCUAAAAAUGUUUUACUUUUGUACCAAUUCUUGAAUCAGAAUCAUUCUUGCCUUUUGCAUAUUAUUAUAUACUCUUACCCUUUUAAUUUUGUGGUUCGAUGUCUUUUCAUAUUGGACGUUUUGAUCGUGUCCUUGAUUCCUUGUGAACGGCCAUAUAAUUCAAUAUAUUAUCGAAACAUCGAUUUUCUUCCAACCUUGUUGAUUAAUUGGUUUAACACUAAUUACUCAUACAAUGCACCUACGUGUUAUUUUUUCAUUUUAUGUAAUACUUUUAUACAAGUAAUAAUGUGAAUAGAAUUUAUCAAAUCAUAACAAAUAUGUUAGAAUAAUAAUUAUAUAAUUUUAUACAUUAAAAAAUUAAAUAUAAUCAAGAUAUAUAUGUAUUUAUAUAUUGCCGGAUCGGAUCGGAUAUCCGCUUCCCAAAAUUUUAAUAUUUGUGAUUUGCUUUGAUUUUAACGGUUAUUGACUUUUAGUAUUUGCUUUGCUUCGAAAGUUUACGGAUAUCUGAAAUUUUCGGAUCGAAUUGAAACGAAUAGCGAAUCGAAUCAAAUUUAAAUGCCCAACCCUAACUGUAUAUGUAUCCUGUGUAGUUUUGGCACAUGCGUAAUCUCGCUUCUUCUUCUUCUUCCGUCAUCCCUCGCUGUUUCAGCUCCGAAUCAGUAGAGACAAUAGCGAAAAAGAAGGUGGAGGAUGUUAUGCCCAUUGCAACUAGGCACGAAAAGGAGGAAAUUGAAGUUGAACUCGAGGGGAGGAGGCUGCUUGACAUGGACUUCCCCGAAGGUCUUUUUGGAACUAAGGAAGCUCCUGCUAUAGUAAAGUCCUCCUAUGACAAGCAUAUUAUGGGAUGCCUUGGUGGUGAAGGGAGGAUGAACACGACGUUGUGUGGUUCUGGCUGGAGAAAGGAAAGUCUUUUCAAUGCCCGGUUUGCACACAGUACUUUGAGCUAGAAGUGGUUGGUCCAGGUGGUCCUCCUGAUGGUCACGGUGAUGAAGACGAUGAGCAUCACCACUGAUUCCAGCUUUAGCCGCGAGUUUUACAUUUUGUUUUCAUAUUGUUUUUACAGUUAUUUAUCGGAAUAAAAGAAAAUUCCACCGUUGGUGAAACAUAGUUGAAAAAUGUUUUUGAUCGUUUUAGAACAACACACAUUAUCGAAGUUUAUAAAUGCAAAGUACUAUAGCCUAUUUA